AGGGGGAGGGGCCCGGCGGCUUCUCCCGCGUCCGCCAUUUUGUUGCUGUGGCUGUUGGGAGCGGGCUGGGUGGAUCGGCCCGGGAGGCGCGACUCUUGCUGGGGAAGGCGGCUUCGUGGGACGGCCGGGGCGGGCUCGCGAGGCUGCGGAGCCGGCGGGUUCCAGGACCGAAGUCACCGGAGCCACCCCUGGGCGCGGGGCCGCUGGGAAGCCCGAGGCGGCCUCCGGCACCGCUCGGCUUCGCCCACCUCGACCCCCGGGCUUGGCCCCGUGUUCCCGGCCCGGUGCAGGCGGGCGGUGGCGGAGGAUGCUGCGGGGCCCGGAGCCGGGAGGAAGGUCCUGACCCGGCCCUCUGACUGCGCCUCGAGGUGUUCCGAGAGGCCCUUCCUCGGCCCCAAAGCCGACAGCGGGUCAAGGCUUCGCGAGCAGGCGAGAGCAGCAGACGCCGCCCAUCCCCGGACCCAGCACCAUGUCGUCCGCCAGGUUUGAUUCUGCAGACCGCUCUGCCUGGUACAUGGGGCCAGUGUCUCGCCAGGAGGCGCAGACCCGUCUCCAGGGCCAGCGCCAUGGCAUGUUCCUAGUCCGGGACUCCUCUACCUGCCCCGGGGACUAUGUACUGUCCGUGUCCGAGAACUCGCGUGUCUCGCACUACAUCAUCAACUCCCUGCCCAACCGCCGCUUUAAGAUCGGGGACCAGGAGUUUGAUCAUUUGCCGGCCUUGCUGGAGUUCUACAAGAUCCACUACCUGGAUACUACCACCUUAAUCGAACCAGCGCCCAGGUAUCCAAGUCCACCCAUGGGUUCUGUCUCAGCACCCAACUUGUCUGCAGCAGAAGAAAAUGUGGAGUAUGUACGGACUCUCUAUGACUUUCCUGGGAAUGAUGCUGAAGACCUACCCUUUAAGAAGGGUGAGAUUCUAGUGAUAAUAGAAAAGCCUGAAGAACAGUGGUGGAGUGCUCGGAACAAGGAUGGCCGGGUUGGAAUGAUUCCUGUCCCUUACGUUGAAAAGCUUGUGAGGUCCUCACCACAUGGAAAGCAUGGAAAUAGGAAUUCUAACAGUUAUGGCAUCCCAGAACCUGCUCACGCGUACGCUCAACCUCAGACCACAACUCCUCUACCUACAGUUGCCAGUACUCCUGGGGCAGCCAUCAACCCUUUGCCAUCCACACAGAAUGGACCUGUCUUUGCAAAAGCAAUCCAGAAGAGAGUACCGUGUGCUUAUGACAAGACCGCCUUGGCACUGGAGGUUGGUGACAUUGUGAAAGUCACAAGGAUGAAUAUAAAUGGCCAGUGGGAAGGCGAGGUGAAUGGGCGCAAAGGGCUCUUCCCUUUCACACAUGUUAAAAUCUUUGACCCUCAAAACCCAGAUGACAACGAGUGAUUGCUGUUGCCGUCCCUGCUGCUGCCUUGUUCUGCCUGUCCUAGUCUCCGUUGAAGUGGGAGGCACUCUCACAUGCAAGUCACAGCGAGCUGCUGGUGGCCGGCUCCAUCCCCUGGGUCUCCUGCACAUUUGGAAUGCCUCCAGCAGCUGCCUCUUGGCAUCUGUAUCAUAGUCAUCCUGUCAGAGUAGCGGUCCUAGCGUUCUUCUGGACUGUAAACUGGAACCUGGGGAAGCACACAGUAGAACUGAACACAGGAGGGGCUUCCUUCUCAUCACUGCCUCGUCUGCAUUGGAGACGGACUCUGUGUGAGCCUGCUGACAGCCCACACGGAGAGGGCUAGCCUCAGCAAGCUCUUGCUGUUGCUGGUCCACAGAGCAGUGGCUUUGCUACCGACUUGUUUUUCUUUGGACAACAGAGGAAGUAAACUCCAGACAGUUCUGUCCAAACUCCUGCAGUCUGGCUUGUUUCCACUUUCUUUUGUUUAGUUUUGGUUUUGGAAGACUAAUUCAUUAGAGUUGUGUGUUCUGAACAGAUUUUUAAAUAGUAGGUUGGAUUUUUGUGAUAGUCUAAGGAACAAUACAUGUCUCUGAGCUUCCAAACUGAAGCUGCUGUACGUAACUAAAGAAUAUGAAAAAGA